AUCCAAGUUAAUGCAAUUUUUUUUAGGUAAUUGUUUGAAAUAAACGCUUGGCACGUGGGAGGUUGUGAGUUGAUCCAGAUGGGGAUGUUUGGAAGGGAGAAGGGUCUGUUGCAACAUUAGAAUCGGAAGGACUCAAAGAAGACACCAACCUACUAGCCAUGGCGGCUUCUGAUCCCAACAAAUUGAUCUCCAAAGCUGAUAAGCUAACACGACUCAGUCUCACGAGGUGGAGUGCAGAUUGGAAAAAUGCUACUGUUCUUUAUGAGCAGGCAGCUAAUGGGUUUAGAGUUGCCAAGGACUAUGAGAAAGCCAAAAUAGCAUUCGAGAAGGCUUCGAAAGGACAAGAGAUGCUUUCUUCACCUUGGGAUGCAGCUAAGCACAUGGAAUCUGCUGCUGCUCUGGCAAAGGAUCUAAGCCAGUGGCAAGAAGUAGGGGACUUCUAUCGAAGGGCAUCUGAACUGUACAUGGAGUGUGGGAGACCACAACCUGCAUCAGAUGCACUUGCAAAGGGAGCCCGUGCUUUGGAAGAUACCAUGUCUGAAGAAGCUAUUCAGCUGUAUACAGAUGCUUGCACAAUUCUUGAAGACGAUGGGAGAGAACAAAUGGCCUUUGAUCUUUAUCGUGCUGCCACUAAUGUUUAUGUAAAGCUUGAAAAAUAUACAGAUGCAGCAUCUUUCAUGUUGAGAUUAGGCUUGGCUGCUGACAAGUGUAAUGCUACCAAUAGUCAGUGCAAGGCGUAUCUAAGUGCAAUUAUUAUCUACCUUUAUGCUCAUGACUUUAAGCAAGCUGAGAAGUGCUAUAACGACUGUUCUCAGAUUGAUGCUUUUCUCAGAAGUGACCAGAAUCGUUGUGCUAGCAAGCUACUUGCUGCCUACACGGAUGGAGAUGUUGAAGAAAUCAAACGCAUAGCUCAAUCAAGUACAAUUUCAAAUCUUGAUCAUGUGAUCAUUAGACUUGCGAGGAAACUUCCAACAGGUGAUGUGAGUGCAUUGAAGGCUGACAAUGCUGCUGAUGAAGAACUACUGGAUGAAAAUGACCUGACUUAACCUCUGAUAGGAGUGCUUUUCUUUCCGUGUCUAUUUAUAGGAGCGUUAAUGAGCCCAUUUCAAUUUGAUGAGUGAAUUGAAUUGAUCACUAUAUAUUGGUUUAUGUAUAAAAAUAUUUUGUUCUUUCGUGAUAAAUGUGGAAUGCGGGAAAUAGGAGGAGCGCCUAUUUUUUAUCCAAUUGAGAUGGAUCACUUGGAUGCACUU